AUGCCGGCUCCAACUGGAGAAGAAAGAAGAAAAUGCCAUGCAGCGCGGGAUAGUUACUUCGCUUGCCUAUCUUUGAACGGUAACAGUGAAGAAGCAUGUAGCAAAGAGAAGGAACUUUACAAUAGCCUUUGCCCUGCUGCUUGGGUAGGAACAUAUUUUGUGAUUUGUAUAGACUGUAGACUUGCCACAAGUUAUGAGCCUGAGAAAACAGCCGACCUUUGGCGACCCUACCACUGGUUACAUUUGGCGGGGAAACCAGUGGUAGCCUCGCCAAAUGUUGGCUGUUUUCUCAGGCCAGCCACAAGUCGACCUCACGAGUUUCUAAGCUAGCGGAGCGAGCUUUACAAAUUUAGGCCGCGAAGCGGCUGAGCGAGCGAGGAAGCCGCCCGAGGAAUCGGACGAAGGACUUUUUUGAAAGUCCUAUUAGACUGGUGCAUCAUUCCUGGUGUGUUCAACCGAUAAAAUCGAUAAUCCAUAGCAUUCGGUAAAAAUCAACUGAUUGUUAUCGCAAACUAUCGAUAAAAUCGAUAAUAAUAAUAAUAAUAAUAAUAAUAACGUCUUUAUUGAAAAGCAUCCGAUAAAAUUACAUAUCUGAUGUUACAGUAAAAAAUACAUAUCGAUAGAAAAAAAUUACAAUGACUAAGAUGAAUAAAAAAGAUUAAAUUGAUUAAAAAUACAUAUGGGGUAUUGGGAUAUGGGGUAUUGGGGUAUGGGGUACAUAUGGGAUAAAAGGAUCUGAUGUGAGUUAUCGAUAAUUAUCGAUUCUUCAGUCAUUGUUAACGAUUUUAUCAAAAAGUAUUGGUUUUAUCAGUAAGUUAAUCAUUUGUAGCAUCGAAAUAGAUUCUACACGAAUACGUUUUAUUUUUUUAUAUGUGUAAUCAAAUGGUAACGAGUGAAAUUAGGGAAUAAUUUCACGCGCAUUUUGUCCAAAUCCUUAUAAUUUUCCGAGCCUUUAGGCGAGGGAAGUUAUUAGGAUUUGGACAAAACGCAAGUGAAAUUAUUCCCUAAUUUCACAAGUAUACCAUUUGAUUACCUAUAAUCAUGGGGUGACGAAUUACAUUAGCAAUCUUGGAUUUUUGACAUGUUUAUCCUGGAUCGUAUCGAUCGAGAACUCUACUCUCUCAAAUGUUUAGACCUUAAAUUUGGCUUAUAAAGUUCAGACUUUUUCAGACUUUUUCGGCAAAAUACCUGUUAGAAUUGUUCUUGAUGUUCUCUUGUGUGUUCAGGUUUUCUAAAGCGUCUUUUUGUGCCCUGACAUCUUCAUUCACGGUGUUUUAAAAACUUCAUCGCCAUCUUGACACUGAGUCGUACGGAAGGGUUGCCAUGGCAAUUUUGUAAUUUCACAUGUGAAAUUACAAAUUAACGCUGAAAUUUCGCUCCAGAAUUAAGGAGUUAUUUGUCACCUAUGAUAUUAUAAUGUUAAUUAGUUAGAGCUGAUAGUAUUUUAAUUUAGUGUCCCCUAUUAGUAAUGGUAACAGGACUGAGUGGAGUCCAAUUCGGUCUGUAAUCAUACGAGUGAUUAACAAAAUCGGACGACCGCGUAGCGGGAGUCCGAUUUGUUUAAUCACGAGUAUGAUUACAGACUGAAUUGGACGACACGAAGUUCUGUUACCAAUUAAUCAUAACUUUAACAAAAUUUGUGAUACAAUAGGCUAUUUUUCAAACCAAAACACAAGAAAUUCGAAAUCCUGUUUUGCUAGCAGUGAAAAAAAAAGCCAUUUAAGCGCGCGCAUGAUGAUGCGUACUGUCCAAUUACUUAGGCAUGACGCGUACUGUCCUAUUAAACUGUCCAAUUAAGGCUGAAAUCAGGGCAGUUGAGAGCCAAUCAGAUUUGACAAUUUUGUUAUAGUUAUGAUUAGUAGGCCUUACAUGGCCAGCUAGAAGACUUGACACUGAAAUAAAGUUUAUCAUCAUCAUCAUCUCUAACGAUCAACGAUUGAUAAAUCUGAUAAAAACAAUAAAAUCAAGAAACUCAGCACUUGGUAGCAUGUGAGUAUCAAUUUUUAUCGAUUGGUUUUUAUCAAUAAUUGAACACACCAGGAUCAGUGAAAUCCAGCUGCACCCAUGUCAAACCCCCAGGCUAACAACCCCCGGGCUUUACUCUUUUUUUUCCUUGUAUGGCAAAUUCCUGGAGACUGAACACAGGCUGCCAAAUGCCCCGUGGUGGGGAUGAAAAAAGAGGGCAAAUGCCCUGUCCUCAAUCAAAACUACAGCAGUUUUCAUUGAUUGCAAAGUCGAAUAGUGCCACUUUAAGCAUUUUAAUGAACAAUUUUUUGUUUCAGUUCAUGGCUGCCUUAGUAAUUUAGCGCUAUUUUGUGGCAACACCACUUCAUGAAUCUUCAGAUUUCAUUAUAACUCUGUCUUGUGCUGUAAACAUACCUGUUCUGGAAAUUUUAGUAAGAUCUGUGAAAGGAAGUUCUUCAAAUAAUAGAGAGAUCACAGUAGUAUUAGAAUCAUCAAUGCUAAAUUUCCUUAAAAUCCUCUAUCAACAAAUUUUUCAUUCAAUAGCCAAAAAGAAACAUGUCGAUUCACGUCAAUAGUUCCUGAUUUCGCUAUGUAAUUCUGGCUUGAUACGCAAGAAAGAAAUGCAUUAAUAAAAUCUAGAAAACAUGCCUUAAAAACUUCUUCAAGUUUCCCCUUUGCUUGACAGAUGAGCCAGAAGAGUAAAUUGAAAUUGUCGUGAACAAAUUGAAAUUGCUGUGAGUAGAAUUGAAAUAAUUAUUGCUGUGAGUAAAUUGAAAUUGCUGUGAGUAAAAUUGAUAUUGCUAUAACACUUUUUGGCCACCGUAGUUUUAGCCUUAACAUCAAUAAAUCAUUCUGCAUAGUUUUCUCUGCCAGCCCACUUGGUACAGACACCCAGAUAAUACAGACACCAUGACAUGUCCCUCGGUGUCUGUAUUAACUGGGUUUCACUGUAAUUAGCCUGCGUAGCAUGGCAGUUUUGUCAAGCUGCGACAUUUGCGCUUAAAGUGCCCAUCUCCUUGCAGUUUCUCUGCCCUCCCACCUUUAUUACUUAGUGCGCCCAACCAAAACCGCCGUGCUACGCAGGCUACACUGUAAUAACAUCUAGUAUUGCUUUGAAAUACUGUUAGCAGUUAAUUACUCACUACAACAGAGGCAACAGACCAAAUGAAUGAUUAUAUAAAAGUCUUGAGAAAAUAAGAGCGACAACAAUGAUGUGGCACAGUGGCUGUCUUAGAAGAAAUUACAUUCAUACUGUCAUGAUGGAAAAUGAAUUACAAUGUAGUAAGAACAUAUUUUUCCUAAGGUCAUAAUCACAGAAAACAAACGACUGAUUAGGAGGUAAAAUUGCGAGUUUUUUUCCCACUGUGAUCAUCUCUCGAUCAGGAUUUCAGAGUAUGAAUGUUUGAUUGUGUUAAAUUGAGCCAUUUUUUGCUUUGUUCAAUUAUGUUCAAUUGCUGAACAAAAUCAAACUCAAUCCAUGAAUUGAGUUCUGUUGAGUUCAAUAUGAAAUGUUCAUUCGAUUUUGUUCAUUUGACUACCCUAGGAAUAUUUGUACAUGACAAAUGUCAUUGGGGCGGGGGAUUAUUGUCAGAUUAUUGUCCUGUUACUUAUUUCAGGUGACCUACUUUGCCAAGAAAAGGGUUUAUGAUGAAUACAAGAAGAAACUUAACACUGAAGGGUUUAAACCAAAAGAUGAACAACCACCACAAAACAGCUAACAGUAGAUGUGUUUACUUUAUAUGGCAUUUCUGAUUUGGCUUUUCCUGAUAUGAAGCCUCAUCAACCAGUGUUUGAUAGCUGCACCUCCUGCUGAAUGUGCCACUGCCUACCACAAAGUUUGCGAACUAUAUCCAUUAUGGAGUCCAUCACAUAACACACUACUGGAUAGAUAGUUUGAGCAUAAUUCAGCAAAUGUGGCCAUUCCUCAAUUUACAAACUUCCAUUAAGACACUGUGUAUAACAAUUUAUUUUUUUAUUCAAGGUACUAAAUCGCUAACGAAAAGCUUAGCUUAUACCCUCUGAAAUUAUUUAGACCACGUCUACUGUUGUGAUGUCCAGUUUGUUUGAGUGAUCUUUCUUGGCUCCCAAAUCAUACUUCUCAAGCAAAUAUAGUGAUUUUCCUUAACCUGUGAAAUAAGUAGUAGAAUUCUACACACUAUUGUACACUAAUUCCAUUGUCUUCCUUUCUUUUCUUGUGGCUAUUUUGCACUAGUUGCUAGUAUCUGUUUCACAGGUCAAGUAAAAUCACUCUAGUCAUCUGCAGGUAGAGACUGUAAACAAGAAUAGGAAAUAACUUUGCAUUGGUUAUCUUUUUCGAUAACUCAUAAAAGAUUAAGAUUCCAAACUAAGGGAUGAUUUAGCUACUUGGAAUUUUAUUUGCAUGAUAAAUCAGUGCAUUACACGAGAGACUACCUGUAAUUGGCAGAGCUUACCGAGGUGGAGGCAAGGAGACACAACCUCAUGAGAGGAGUCAAGCUAUUUUUCAAAAAAGGAAUAAAAAACUUUUUGCUGUGUUCUAGAUUGAGGUUUUUCAUAACCUCACCCUCUUUGUGCGUGCUUGGUAUGUGUGUGUGUGUGUGAUUUCUUUUAAUCACAGGCCAUGUAAACACAGAAACUUCAUUCCAGGGUCUCAUCCUUUUCUUAGAUGGCCUGCUGAAAGAAGGCAACAUCUCAAAGUCGAUAGCCUGUGUGGUAGUUGCAAAAAAAGGGGGCGCUAAUCCCCUUUCCCUUUUUCCUCUCUUCCCCUCCCCUUUCGACGUCUGCUGCGCAGGCUACAAAAAUCGACGAAAAAGAAGGUCGCCAAGGCCCAAAAAAACUUUUUGGAGCUCACCCCCCUUAUCUAAGCGUCUGGAUGACAGGCCCCCCC